GUGUCCUGAAUCCCCGCCCACGGCUUCCAUUUCUGUUCUGGAACACACGAGCUCUCGCCAAGAAUACACAUUUGCUUUUUUGAAAUUGUCGUUAAAUGUAAAUAGAGUUGUAAGGCGGUUGAGAGAUACUGACUAACGGGAACCUAUUUACGUUUGUUAAGAGAGUAAUUUUCAUUCGCUGAAGGACACGUUGUAGCUCCGGAAGAUACGAGACGGGCUUUUAUUCUCAUUUUAACUUUAGUGAGCGGCUUUUUCCGCCGUUUUUAUUCCCUCCCCUGUCCCUCGCUCGCGCUCCCCCCCGUGAGAGUCGCGGCCUGUAGUACAGCCACGAGGCGCGUCGGACCACCGUGAAUCACACGAUGGCGGAGUUCGGUAACGGACUGGCAGAGGAGUCUCUGCUGGACUCGGACCCAGGACACUCAGAACUUGAAGACCCGGGCGUCGGCGACGAGGACCCAGGAUUAGACGAGGGUGAGGCCUCUAUUGAAGAUCCGGAGCUGGAGGCAAUUAAAGCCAGGGUGAGAGAGAUGGAGGAGGAGGCAGAAAAACUAAAGGAGCUACAGAACGAGGUGGAAAAACAGAUGAACCUCAGUCCUCCACCUUCCGGCCCAGUCAUAAUGUCUAUUGAAGAGAAGAUGGAAGCUGAUGGGAGAUCUAUUUACGUUGGAAACGUGGAUUAUGGUGCAACGGCAGAAGAAUUGGAGGCACAUUUUCAUGGCUGUGGCUCUGUAAACCGAGUCACCAUCUUGUGUGACAAAUUUACAGGACACCCUAAAGGGUUUGCGUAUAUAGAGUUUGCAGACAAGGAAUCUGUUAGGACGGCAAUGGCACUGGAUGAAUCCUUAUUCAGAGGAAGGCAGAUUAAGGUUGGUGCCAAGAGAACGAAUCGUCCUGGCAUUAGCACCACAGACCGCGGCUUCCCACGGGCCCGCUUCCGCUCACGGGGAGGAAGUUUCUCGUCCCGAGCGCGCUACUACAGUGGCUACACACCCCCCAGAGGUAGAGGACGGGCCUUCAGGGGCCGAGGGCGAACAACAUCGUGGUACUCCCCUUACUAAUACCUCCCUACCCCCUAUGAAUCCCCCUUAAACUAUCACCCCAUGUCCCUAUAGAAAUGAAUAAAGACCCCUCUCAAAAAAGGAAGGAAAAAAAGAAGAAAAAAAGACAAAAUGUAACAAAAAGAAAAAAGUCCAUCUCCUGGAAAGACAGACAGACUGACUGGCCGCAGUGUGCGAUUGUGUGUGCGAUGCGUGCGUGUGAGGAGGUGUUGCGAUCACCCUGGUAAGGUACAAUAUGGCCAUCGGGGAGAUUUGGUGGCAUUUGUUUAAAUUUGAGAAGAUGAUGUAAUCUCAGGCUGCAGAUGUGUGUCCUUUUGUCUGGCUGUGAUUUUCUUUCACCAAACAGCCCCGUUCAAGUUUGCACUCAAGAUAGGCAAACAGAAAAAAAAUGUCAACUUUUUUUUAAUUAUUGUAUCGUGAAUAUGUGACUUAGCAAGAAUGUUGAUGUUUUCACUUAAGUUGUUCACUAUUUGAGAAUCAUUUUCUAUUUUGUCUGUGCUCUCUGGAAUCCCUUCCCCCAGCACUGGUUUCUUUCCUGUUCAUCCCUCGCUCGGAUUACCUUUUCCACCUGCGGUAUUCCGACAGCGGAUUACAGUUCGCCAUUGUUUUUAAGUUGUAUUGUUCUUGAACCAUCUUUCACAUCAUACGACUAUUGUACGAUG